AUUACAUAUGGCGGCCCCCUUGUGUCGAUGGACAGCUUGAAGCAGCGUUGAAAUUUCCCUUUGAUUGCAGAAUUUCGUCGCCAACAAGUGUAAAGAAAGUCCAGGUUAAAUAUUAAUCAUGACGGACAGUCCGCCAUCACCAAAGAGGGUGAAAAUGGAAACAGUGGAUCUUAAUGAACUCACCCGAGAAGAAUUGAUUAACAAGGUGAAAGAACAAGAAAAGUAUGUCCGGUAUCUAGAAGAAAGACAGCCACGAGGUCGGAAAGGGGAAGAUGAUGGGGAUGUCAAAGAAAUGGAGGAGAAAAUGAAGCAGCAGCUUCGUGAAAAUGUGAGGCGAGAGAGUACCCUGGUGCACCGCCUCGCCACUAAGGAGCAGGAGCUACAGGACUACAUUAACCAAAUUGCGGAAAUGAAACAAGCGCAGACCCAAAACUCGGCUCAACUAAGAUCUAUGCUGUUGGACCCUGCUGUCAAUCUCGUAUUCCAGAGAAUCACCAAGGAAAUGGAUGAAUCACAGGAGAAACUCAAACAAACCCAAAAUGAACUAAGUGCUUGGAAGUUCACACCAGACAGCCAAACCGGUAAAAGGCUGAUGGCCAAGUGUCGGAUGCUCCUCCAGGAAAAUGAGGAGCUUGGAAAGGUGAUCAACUCCGGAAAGACAGCUCAGCUGGAAGGAGAGAUAGCCCUACAGAAGACUCUGGUACAGGAGAUGACCACCAAUCAGUCUGAGUUGGAUGACCUGCUGGGUGACCUUGACGAGGAUGUGGAGGGCAUGCAGAGUAUGAUAUAUGUGUUACAACAACAGCUCAAGGACACUAAGGAACAGUUGGUACUUGUACAGGAGGAAAACGCACAGCUCCGCCUCACACAAGAUACCAUCCCAGUCACAAACGUGCCUCCCACAGACGUUAAACCAAUCAUAAAACAGGAGGCAUCUAGUUUUCCCAACAGUCCAAUCACAGACUCUGUACCACAGAAUACAUGGACAGCACACAGUGAUAGUAAGUAUGAACCGUCACAUGACUGUGAUAUUGCCAAAGAACAACCAGAGACACCUGAUGGUAACGGUGAAAUAGAGCCGAUGGAAACUGACCAAAACAUGUCCUCAGAUUUUUACAACACACAUUCACUGAACUCUACCAGCACAAACAUUGAACACAAUCAUACUACAGAUAACGAGAAGGACUCCAUAGAACAAUAUAGGACAGGUAGGAAAGACACUCAGCUCCACGAGAGCACGGACGAGUUAUCACAGGAUGCCUGGAGUCCAAGGAAACCGGCACUCGACCAGUUGGACGAGGACAGUGCUUUAAGGAAAUCCCGUGAUGAGUUAAGUUGUAGUCCAGAUACAACAAGCUUGGACAAGUUAGGAGAGAAGGAUUUAUCAUCUGGGGACUUCUUACACAUACAGAAUGGCGUUAAUAGGACUAAUGACGGCGAGAUUGAACAGGCGUAGGAUAUACCAGUGUGUCAUCACAAUCACAGUUCAUUUGCUCAUCCAGUAGUCAGAAUUCAUUUUCAGACAGAUUGUUAAUGUUUAUAAAGAAUCAAAACUGUCCAUUUCUAGAAAGAAUUGCUACUUUUAUGAAUGAAAAAAAAAGUUUUUCUCUCUAAAAUUAUUUUAUGUAAAUUCAUUCAUGUUUUAAAAGACAGUUCAGUGGUGUAAAGUAUUGUGUGGUGAAAUGCUUUAAACCAUGGUAUAUAGAUUUAGAAGUAUAGACUAAUGACAGGCACUUGCCUCGUCUGUCAAUACACCUACUGAGAGACGAGCCGAGUGUCUGUGGACUUAUCAGAAUGUACCAAGAUAAUAGAAACGUCCCAAUCUGUAAUAUGUUAAGAUUUUUAAGAGGCCUUUGAUACAGUAUAUUAGUGGACGUUUUGUUGAUACAUAUUCAAUAUGACUUCUUCCUUGUGCAAUUAAAAUAUACAUUUAAUGUACUUAAGUUAAUUCAACACCUUUAAUGAUAAAGCCAAUUAAAAGAAAAUAUAUUUAAAGAUUACACUGAAAGUGUAAAACAUGACUAAUUUUCCAUACACCCAGAUAAUCAGCUUUAGAAAAUAUCAGGAUAUUGUUGCUAUGAAGGUUUUUUUCACAUUUGUCAUUGACAGCCAUAUUUGAUAAAGUGAAAAGUCAACCUUGAUUUUCCAGAUUAAGACAAUUUGUCAAUCUCAAUCAAAUUUGAAGAUAAUCCAUUUGAUAUUUGAAAACUUUCUAAUUCCUACAAAAAGGAUACCGUAUAGCUUUACUGGUAGAUAAUAUUGUCUUGCAUAAAGACAGUUAGAUCAUAGGGUUUGCAACAUGAAACAUGACAAAUAGCCGGUCAAAUUUUUGCAUAAUUUUGCAAAAAUUGGUUGCAAAACUAGGUGAUAACUAAGUAAUGUUGAUUGACUUCUAAUUUUGUACUUGUCAUCAAUACACUGGAAGCUUAUCAACAUGUAAAACGUUAUUUCGACUAAUUUUAUCAGACUAUUUUUCCUGAAAUUUUUAUUUGUUUUAUGACUAAGUCAAUACAGGGACAACCGGACAUUGAAUGUUUGUUAUAAUUCGGACAGAUUAAAGCUUGUUUUAUUCUUUUUCGUAAGUAUUUCCUAAUUCCACCGAGAGUGGAUAUUUGUGUGCAAGUGACAUAAUGUAUUACUGUAUCCAAUAUGUUCGCAGUUGUCUAUAUUAAAUAAAAAUUUCAAUUUUUUUAGAUUUUUAAUGAAGAUUUAUCCAUGAUUAACACUGCAGUGAAAGGUUGUUUUUGUUAAAUAUAUAAAUACAUGUAUAUCCUAAGUUGUGAUAUGAAUUUCAGACUUUGUUGCAGUACAGCAUUAUGAUAUAUGUAGUAUAUAAUAGUCUUGUUCAGCAGAGAGCAACACUGAACAUAGGCGAUGUUCUCAGAUCAUCUUGGUUAUCUAAGCCCUGCAUGAUUUUGUUCCUACCAGAAAUAAUGCUACCCUUAUAAUUAACUCAGUUUUCGACAGGUUCAGUUCAGAAAAAUAGUUUGAUUGUGUUAGCAAAAUCAGUUAGCAGGAACUAGUUGAAACUUUCUAUGCAGUAACCUGCAGGUGUUAUAGUUUUCAUUAUUCCUAGAAAACAUUGGUACCAGUAUAUGUUACAAAUAGAAAUAACGAAUUUAAAAAUGUUAAUAUCCUUACAUGUAUUUACAUUCUUAAUACUGGAUAUGAGCACAAAAGAAUUUGCAUUCUUAGGACUUUGAAUGCUUCUCUCCCAUAACAUACGAUUUUCACAAAAUGCAAACACUUAGAGGGGUUAGGCUGCUCCUAAAAAAACAUCUGCAUUAGAUAAUAAAAAUAUUGAGAAUAUUGCACAAUACUAGGUUCAGAAUGUUAUUUGAUUUCCAUAUCUUUACCAAAUAUUUGAACAUUCAUACUGCUAGGAACACAAUUUCUUUCAACAAAAUUUAACAGAGAAAAGUCUUAGCAGGCUUCAUGCAAUAGCUAUAUAUGGGGAUAUGACCAGUUCGUAUUCAUACCAACAUAAAUGCCACUAUUAAAAAGUCGACAAUUAUUUUAUAUGCCUGUCUGGAGGAUAAUGGUAUGGCACUGUUCUUUGACUGGCGGGAACUUUUUAUUUGUCUGGAGAUCUCCUACAUUUAUUGAUCGAUCUGUUUGAAACUCUGUAUGCAUUAUAACCAUGAUACAUGGUGUAUAUAGGUGUUUUUCCCUGAAAAGUAUUUUGAUUCAACUAUUUUAUGCAACAGUUAUUGCCUUUUAUUUCGGUAUUUGAUUUUUUUCAACUGAUUUCUUUGAAACUUGGUAGUAAGUGUGGUACAUAGUUGUGGUUCUCUGAGUGGCAUUUUGAUUCAACUAUUUUUGCAAAAGUUAGUCUCCUUUAUAUAUUUCAGGGUUUGACUUUUGUUCUGAAAGCCUACAUCCUUUUUCGAAUCAUUUCUUUGAAACUUGGUAGGAAUCAUAAUCAUGAUAUCAAGUUGUUUUUAAUGAGUUGGAAACUUUGUCUGUAAUCGCUGAUUACUGCUAAUCUUCAAACUGUUUGAAAAUUAAACAUUAACUUGGUAGUGAAAGUAAAGGUAAGGGGUAAAACAUGCCACCUAUUACCACAUAUAAGGUGAUGUUAACCUUAUUUCACUGCAAGAUAGUAUAUGACACUUUAUGGCAUUUGAAGGGCAUAUAUUGUUCCACGCCGCGGUACUGUUGUUUAUGUGUUUGCUUUGUGACAGGUGUAUGUAUCCCUGGUACAUACUAACAACAAUAUACCGCUCUGCUACACUGAUCACUUUAGUGCGAUCGGUUGUGUCUAAGACUAGUAAGACAGAGGUUCCGUGUUUGAUCCCUAGCAGAGGUGAUGAUUUAAAUAUACAUAUAACAUGGUAUGUUAGUUGAUGUGCAAAUUAUUAAAAAAAAAAAAGCAUGAUGUCUGCAGACUAUGAUUCUGGUUCAAUCAGGUAAGACAAUUUAAUUUUCUGAUUCCACAUAGAAACACAGAUAUAAUACAAGCUAUAUCUCGGUCUUGUACACUUAUCAUUAUGAGAAAUUGUGAUCUCAAAUUUUAUUUUGUUCACCUGUUAGGUUUUUUAAUGUCAGAUGGUGAACAAGUGCUGCUGUUUUGUGAUCAACAUUUCACAUAUUUGUUAAAAUGGAUACACUGUAUAUGAAUGAAUUCAAUGUUUUGUAUGUCUGAUUUCAUGGAGUGAGUGGUUUAUCAUGCAACUGUUGUUUGUGUUCAGGUCUAUGUGAAUAAACGAGGCAGCAAAUGAGAACUUA